UUCUUUACCAACAACUCCUUUUCAGCUUUCAUUUCUUAACCCCAGAUCCAUUUUUUUUUCUUUUCCUGAGGUUUAUGAAUGUAUAAUGAUAUGAUGCAUACCUAUGUAUGUGGGCAUGCAGGAGGAGCUUCCAUUGAUUGAAGAAAGUUUUGGUUUUUAGAGAAGUGGAAGAAGAAUCUUGGGAGCGGGUACGAAAUGUUUUGUGGGGUUUGCUUAUUCUGCUUGGAUUCAGACAGUGAGACUCAAAGCUUUGAUCUUUGCUUAACUAAUUAUCUGUUGUGAGUUCUUGAAUUAGUUAUUAUGAAGGAAAAUUGGUGGGAUUGGAGGCACGUUUGUGUGGAUGUGGGAAACGAUGUGAAAAGAAAGUGUUUUUCUUUCUUCAUUUUGUCUUAGUGGGGGGUGUGAUUCUUGGGGCUUUGUUUUCUUGUGUUUGGUGCAGGGGAAAUUAGUCACCGUCUCAUUUCAGCAAUCUGUUGUCCAUAACGCAUAAAAAUUUCUUGCUUUCCGUGAUCAAUCAAAUUCCGUAUGUUCAGUGUUCUCAACCUAAAGAAUCAGAAAUCCGCAAAUGUUUGUUUUUUUAUGGGAUUAUGCCUGAGGAUUUAGAACUUUUGUCUUCUGUCAAGAAAAAUGGAUUCUUGCUAAUAGCCUCCACAAGUUUUUGAGCUUUGUGAAGUAAAAUAAGAGGAGUUCAAUUGGGGAUUUGGGUGGUGGGGAAGUGACUGUUUGGUUUCUUGGAUUAGUUAAGUUGUGAUUUUGGAGAUGGCAAUGUCUUGCAAAGACGGUAACAAGGCAGCUGCUGGCAGCCAUGGGAAAUAUGUGCGUUACACGCCUGAGCAGGUUGAAGCCCUUGAGAGGCUGUAUCAUGAGUGUCCUAAGCCGAGCUCCAUGCGUCGCCAGCAGCUGAUUCGUGAAUGCCCCAUUUUAUCCAACAUUGAGCCUAAGCAGAUCAAAGUCUGGUUCCAGAACAGAAGAUGCAGAGAGAAGCAGAGGAAAGAGGCUUCAAGACUUCAAGCUGUAAACAGGAAGCUGACAGCCAUGAAUAAGCUCUUGAUGGAGGAGAAUGAUAGGUUGCAGAAACAGGUCUCACAAUUGGUGUAUGAGAACAGUUACUUUCGCCAGCAUACUCCGAAUAAUCCACUUGCUUCAAAAGACACAAGCUGUGAAUCAGUGGUGACGAGUGGUCAAAAACACCACUUAACGCCUCAGCCUCCGCCAAGGGAUGCCAGUCCUGCAGGGCUUUUGUCCAUUGCAGAGGAGACUUUAGCAGAGUUUCUUUCAAAGGCCACUGGAACUGCUGUUGAGUGGGUCCAAAUGCCUGGAAUGAAGCCUGGUCCGGAUUCCAUUGGAAUCGUUGCUAUUUCUCAUGGUUGCUCUGGCGUGGCAGCAAGAGCCUGUGGCCUGGUUGGUCUAGAGCCCACCAGAGUUGCAGAAAUCCUGAAAGAUCGGCCUUCUUGGUUUCGCGAUUGCCGAGCUGUGGAUGUGCUAAAUGUGCUGCCGACUGCCAAUGGUGGAACCAUAGAACUUUUAUACAUGCAGCUGUAUGCGCCAACGACUUUGGCGCCAGGUCGUGACUUUUGGUUGUUACGCUAUACUUCUGUUAUGGACGAUGGCAGUUUGGUGGUCUGUGAAAGAUCACUUACCAAUACUCAAAAUGGUCCGAGCAUGCCACCUGUGCAAAACUUCGUGAGAGCAGAGAUGUUGCCCAGUGGUUACCUAAUCAGACCUUGUGACGGAGGUGGCUCAAUUAUCCACAUUGUAGAUCACAUGAAUUUGGAGGCAUGGAGUGUUCCCGAAGUGUUGCGCCCACUCUAUGAAUCUUCAACUGUGCUUGCUCAAAGGGUCACAAUGGCUGCUCUUCGCCAACUUAGACAGAUAGCUCAGGACAUUUCACAGUCUAGUGUGACUAACUGGGGCCGAAGACCAGCAGCUCUGCGAGCACUUAGCCACCGGUUGGGCCGGGGAUUCAACGAGGCUCUUAAUGGGUUUAGUGAUGAUGGGUGGUCGUUGGUUGGUAAUGAUGGCAUGGACGAUAUUACUAUUCUUGUGAACUCAAAUCCAGAUAAAUUGAUGGGCUUAAACAUCUCUUUCGCAAGUGGAUAUAACUCCAUAUGCAAUAGCAUCUUGUGUGCCAAAGCAUCUAUGCUUUUACAGAACGUGCCUCCGGCAAUACUACUCAGGUUCUUGCGGGAACACAGAUCGGAAUGGGCAGACAACAACAUUGAUGCCUACUCAGCUGCUGCUGUCAAAUUUGGUCCGUGUAAUUUCUUAGGCCCCCGAGUUGGUAAUUUUGGGGGUCAAGUUAUACUCCCGUUGGCUCAGACAGUUGAGCACGAAGAGCUGUUGGAGGUAAUUAAGCUCGAAGGUGUUGCCCAUUCUCCUGAAGAUGCAAUGAUGCCCAGGGAUGUGUUACUCUUGCAGCUGUGUAGUGGAAUGGAUGAACAUGCAGUCGGCACAUGUGCAGAACUCAUAUUUGCCCCUAUUGAUGCCUCUUUUACUGACGAUGCUCCUCUUCUGCCCUCUGGUUUUCGCAUCAUUCCUCUCGAUUCUGGCAAGGAAGCUUCAAGUCCUAAUCGAACCCUGGACCUCGCUUCUGCCCUUGAAACCGGGACAGCAGGCAAUAAACCGUCUAACGAUCUUUCUAGUACCAAUGGUGCUUCAAGGUCUGUCAUGACAAUAGCAUUUCAGUUCGCUUUCGAAAGCCACAUGCAAGAUAACGUAGCAUCCAUGGCCCGACAAUAUGUACGUAGCAUUAUCUCAUCAGUUCAAAGGGUCGCGUUAGCUCUCUCCCCAUCUCACCUUGGUCCUCAUGCUGGGCUUCGAUCACCGCUUGGAACUCCUGAAGCGCAUACCCUCGCUCGUUGGAUCUGCCGUAGUUAUAGGAGCUAUAUGGGUGUUGAGCUUCUCAAAUCUAGCGGUGAAGGGAGUGAAUCCAUCCUUAAAGCUCUAUGGCAUCACUCGGAUGCCAUUAUGUGCUGCUCCAUGAAGGCGUUACCGGUUUUUACAUUUGCAAACCAGGCUGGUCUUGACAUGCUUGAGACAACCCUUGUCGCACUUCAAGAUAUCUCUCUGGAGAAGAUAUUCGACGACCAUGGACGCAAAAACCUCUGCUCCGAGUUUCCACAGAUAAUGCAUCAGGGUUUUGGAUCUCUUCAAGGCGGCAUCUGUCUGUCAAGCAUGGGCAGGCCAGUUUCUUUCGAGAGAGCAGAAGCUUGGAAAGUCAUGAACGAAGACGACAACGCUCAUUGCAUCUGCUUCAUGUUCGUGAACUGGUCGUUUGUUUAGUUUUGUGGUCGAUAGAUGCCAGAACCUGAAUGGCCAACGAAUUAACGUUCGUUUUGUUCAAUGUUUGUCGCACCAACUCGUAUGCUUUUCUUAUCAUGUUUUUGCUUAUAUUCCAGGAACAAUGUUGUCUGUGGGAUGUAGUAUCUGCAUUUUGUUGUCAAUGCUGAACAACGUUAAGUGAUGCAUUUACUCAACUGUGUCUCCUUUUCUAUUGUAUUGUAAGAUGUUAAUAGAUUAAUCA